AUGGGCUGAAUGCUCUUGCCAUGCUCUCCAUAGAAAAAAAGCUUGUCACAAACAUUCCUGACUUCAAUAAAAAGCUCAUUGAGAGCUUUGCCACUCAGAAGGACAGAAGGGCAAAAUUUCUGUACAAAUGAGGUAUCACACACACACACACACACACACACACGCACAAAUGCAUCCACUUGAUCUUUGUAUAAAGUUGACCGUGGCACAACACUCCAGAAAUAUUUAACAGUGUAAAUUUCUGGCAUUUUGUCUAAGUAGUGUUUACUACCAUUACUGUAACAGUGACCUGCUCAUAAUUUUUCGUGUUCACUCAAAUGAUGAAAUUAAACAAAAUGUUUUUGUUACUUGCCUCUUGCAUAGCCUAUUUACCAUUUAUGGUCAUGUUAUUUUAUGUGCAAUUUAAUGCAGUAUUUUUCAACCUUGGUCCGCAAGGCAGCGUGCCAAUAGUCAGACACACCUGGAUUAAUCAGUUUGUCCAAUGAUGUAAGACAGGAAAUAAAAGAGCUGUGCUUAAUUCAGGAAAUAGUGGAGUUGUGCACAAAGCUCAGAAAGCACAAGUUUGUUUAAAAAUAAAAAAUAGCACAGCCCCACCAAAAAUAUUUUUCACCAGCCGCUACUGAUACUCACAUAACGCAUGCUCAUUUGUGAUUAGAAUGAGCUAAGAUGUUGAUCUCAAUUCCUAUUGGACAACAAACAUGGUGGUGCCACUGGGUGUUGAGUAGGUUUUUAUAUGGUCUCAUGUAGUCCAGUGUGACAAGCAACAUAGAAGCACAGAGUUGCGUUGUUUUCUGUCUGUAGUUUCAUUCCUAAACCUUGUUUUGAACAGGUCAUCAUGGAGGACAUUACUCUAAACAAGACUGCUGUAUUUACCUUAAAUCCCUGCUCUUUAGUCGAUCCUUUCAGUUUUAAAUUAACCCCAACCAUUUCUGCUGUAUGUGUAAUGUUGUAUGGCUUCCUUACACUUUUGUCUUUUGUCACAGUGUGCGGGAAUCUCUUGGUAAUAAUCUCUGUGUUUUACUUCAAACAGCUCCACACUCCUACUAACUCCCUCAUUCUGUCUCUGGCUGUGGCUGACCUGCUUGUAGGGACUCUAGUGUUUCCCUUCAGCAUGGCAUUCUCUCUCAGCUCAUGUAUAUAUAAUGAUAGUUUAUUUUGUAAAGUUAGAGACAGCUUUGAUAUAUUACUCAGCACAUGCUCUAUUUCACACCUAUGCUGUAUUUCUAUUGACAGAUAUUAUGCCGUGUGUCAGCCACUAACAUAUAAAUCUAAAAUCAGCCACCGUGUUGUUGUCGUAAUGAUCACUGUAAGUUGGGGGCUUUCUGCUCUUCUUGCAAUUGCCAUGGUAUUAUCCAGACUAGAAGAAGGAUGUGAAGAAAUGUGUUUUGUUGAUGUAGUUGCGGCAAACACAGUUGCACCUAUAUUUGCUUAUUAUCUGCCAGUUAUUAUAAUACUUAGCAUGUAUCUGAAGAUUUUCCUUGUUGCACAGAAACAGGCACGGAGCAUCCAAACAGGGAUGAUGUGUGGAGCAACUGUCAGUAAGAUGGAAAGAAAGGCAACAAAAACUUUAGCUACAGUUCUGGGAGUCUUUCUUUUUUGUUGGACUCCUUUCUUUCUCUGUUUCACUUCUCUGCCUUUUACCCACAACCCAGGUCGAGUUCCUGUGAUUGAAACACUUAACUGGCUAGCUCUGUCAAAUUCAAUGCUAAAUCCAUUUAUCUAUGCGUUUUUUUACAGCUGGUUCAGGUCAGCUAUUAAAAUUAUUAUGUCUGGAAAAAUAUUACGAUGUGAUCUUACAAACACCAAAUUACAUUAAGUUACUCUGAGACACAAACUAUGGAAACAACUAGUAACAUUUCCAUGAAAGCAGACCUGAAUCAAU